GAUCUAUUGCAUGUCUCUUUCUUCUUCAACCUUCGAGAAUGGCCGACGCAAACUUCAUUCUUCUUAUUCUCUCUCUGGUUGCUGUUUCGGUCAAUGCUCACAACAUAACAGCCAUUCUCGAAGGCUACCCAGAUUACUCAUCUUACAACAGCUUCCUUUCACAAACAAAAUUAGCUGAUGAAAUCAACACCAGAGAGACGAUCACUUGUCUUGUCCUCAACAAUGGAGCAAUGUGCCUCACAGCCAAACACCCCUUGUCGGUCAUUAAAAACAUCCUUAGCCUCCACGUACUUCUAGAUUACUACGACCCUCCAAAGCUCCACAAAAUCUCCAAAGGCACUACACUCACCACCACGCUUUACCAAACCACCGGGAAUGCUCCCGGAAAUCUUGGGUUCGUCAACAUUACCGAUAUCCAAGGCGGCAAAGUGGGUUUCGGCUCCGCCAUUCCCGGCUCCAAACUCGACUCCUCUUACACGAAAUCUGUUAAGCAGAUUCCUUAUAAUAUCUCCAUCCUUGAGAUCAGUGCUCCGAUUAUUGCUCCGGGUAUCUUAUCGGCUCCGGCCCCGUCGUCUUCCGGCGUCAACAUUACCGGAUUGCUUGAAAAAGCCGGCUGCAAGACUUUUGCUGCUUUGCUCGCCAGUAGUGGCGUGCUCAAGACUUACGAGUCUGCGCUUGAUAAAGGUUUGACCGUUUUCGCUCCGUCCGAUGAAGCUUUCAAAGCGAAAGGUGUCCCUGAUCUGAGCAAACUCACCAAUGCCGAACAAGUUUCACUUCUGGAGUACCACGCCUCGCCGGAUUACAAACCCAAGGGGACUUUGAAGACCCAGAAAGAUCCGAUCAGUACGCUUGCGACUAGCGGCGCUGGGAAGUUCGAUCUGACGGCUACGUCCGCCGGCGACGACGUUACACUACACACGGGGGUUGGUCCAGCCAGAGUGAACGAAGCGGUUUUUGACUCGCCACCGGUUGUCUUUUUCACCGUCGACAGCGUUUUGCUUCCAACCGAGCUGUUCGGAAAGUCACCAUCCCCAGCACCUGCUCCGGAGCCAGUUUCCUCGCCCACACCGACACCGAGUCCAUCUCCAUUGUCUGAAGCACCGUCACCGCUUGCGGCUUCACCACCGGCUCCACCGACAGACACUCCUGCCGGAUCUCCGGCUGAUGCGCCAGCAGGUUCUUCGGAGAACAGCACAUCGAAUAAAGGUGCCGGUCAUGUGACAGCUCCUCUUUUAAGCAGUAUUGUUUUCACUAUCUUUGCCACUGUCGUUUCUUCAGUUUUCUUGUCCUGAUUCGUAAUUAUGUCGGUGUGUGUUGAUUUGUUUCUUUUUUGAGUCAUUAUUUUGAUUAGAGUGCUUUUCUUUUUCUUAAA